AUCUGCAUUUAAAUAUAAAUCUGUAUGUUUCCAAGAUACAAUUUUAAUGACUGAACAGAUUUCCUAAUAUUCACUUGCCUUUUAGGUUCAGACUUAUCGUGGAGCAGACAGUAUGCGAUUAAGCAGUGGGCCGUAUUCCUCUCCAGAGCAUCGCUAUCAUGUCUUCAGUCUACAAAGAGAAUCAUUGGCUGGAGAAGAUAUAGAAAAGAUUGAGACUCCACCAGAUGUCCUGGCCCAACAGAGAUGUCCUGAAACAGAUCAUAAUAGUCUGGAGCUUCCAGACCUGAAAUCAGUGUACCGGAGAUCCUUCAACCACACCAAGCCUCCUUAUUCCUACAUCUCACUAAUUUACAUGGCUAUCCAGCAGUCACCAUCCAAGAAACUCACCCUGAAUGAGAUCUAUGACUGGAUCCGCCAGCUCUUCCCUUAUUACCGGCAAAAUCAACAGCGUUGGCAAAAUUCCAUCCGUCACUCCCUUUCAUUCAAUGACUGUUUUGUGCGUGUCCCAAGGUCCCCGGAUUCUCCAGGGAAAGGCUCCUUCUGGACUCUGCACCCUGACUCUGGCAACAUGUUUGAAAAUGGAUGCUACAUGCGCCGGCAGAAGCGUUUCCGGUGCCAGAGUACAUCACCAUCCACAACUAAAAAUGCUUCAAAGAAGGCAGACAGAGAAACAGUAAAGGAAGAGGGCAAGAAAAAGACAUCAGAGGUUAAAUCGACAGUCUUAUUGUCUAUCUCUCAGCCUCAGCCUUCUAAACCUCCUAUGCCAACAAUGUUUCCAACAGUCAUGGAUUGCCCUCCCAUGUCACCUUCACAUAUCCCACCUCAGCAACACACCACACACUCACUGACUCCAUUUCCUCCAUCCUCCGAACCGUCUGCACACCUAACAAAUAUACCUUGCCCAACCAUGUCAACACUUCAACCAACCACCUCCUGCCCUCUGGAGCCUUGCGUUCAUGGAGAACCCUUCUUCCACCAGCCUCUUUCUGUGCCACCAAUUAUGGACUUUCAGUGCUAUGAGCCUCCUGUGAGUUACCCUGUUUAUUAUCCAUCAUCAAGCUCCAGCAUUCAUCAGUAUAACCCAUAUCUCACAGGAAAGGAGGAACCCUCAUAUGCAGGAGACUCAGUGUGCUACUCUGGACUCAUGUGCCCACUGCCAGUUUUAAGCUCCUCGUGA